GUCGGGCUGUGGGCGGGGUUUCGGAGGGAGUCUGAAGGCGGUUGAGGGAGGCCAUCAUUCGUCGAGCGGCGGCUGAGAGAAUCGAGUUGUUCUGAGAUACAGCCGCGAUGGUCAAAAUCUUCAUUGGGAACCUCCCUCGUGAGGCAACAGCAGACGAGAUCCAGUCCCUCUUUGCGCAGUAUGGGGAGGUGACGGAGUGCGCCAUCAUCAGGAACUACGGCUUCGUCCACAUGAACGACCGCAAGGCCGCCACAGAGGCUAUCCGCAGCCUCCAUCUUUAUAAGAUGCACGGGCAAGCAAUCAACGUGGAAGCCAGCCGCACCAAGAACCAAACCUCCACCAAGCUGCACGUGUCCAACAUCAGCAAGACCUGCACCAGCACGGAGCUGCGGGCCAUCUUCGAAGAGUACGGCACCGUCUCUGAGUGCGACAUCGUCAAGAACUUCGCCUUCGUGCACAUGGCCAACUCCGACGAAGCUGCGGACGCCAUCAAAGGACUGGACAACAGCGAGUUCCAAGGCCAGCGGAUUCACGUGCAGCUCUCAAACAGCGGCCAGCGAUCCGGCGAGGACGAGAAUGGCCAUUACAACAUGGGGCCUCCUGGACGGGAGGGCUUCAGGCCUCCGAAGUGGCUGGGUGAGCGACCCAACCGUGGGCCGCCAGGCUUCUUUGGCCCCGGCAGAUUCGACCCCCCUCACUCUCACCCCCAUCCAUACCUACCCACCCCUCCUCUCCCCCCCCCCCUCCGCCCCAGACCACCCCCCUACCUGGGGGAUGGACCUACCGGGAGAGCGAUGACCGCUACGCGCUGUCGACGACUACGAGACCAGUACUGGGCCCGGCCUUACGGGAUCACCUCUUAAUGCCUAGUGGAGAAUGCUCCUCUCUGCCCCCCCCCCCCCCCCCCCCCCCUCCUGGGGAUGAGAGACCGCCUGUCUGCCUCGGCCCUCGACCCCUACGAGCGACGCCCCGGAGGGGGCCGCCAGCCCCCCCCUCCCUCUUACUACGCACGAGACCGCAGCCCCCUCCGCCGGGCUCCCCCCCCAGCGCCGUCGGCUGGGAACGGGUACGCGUACGAGCGCUCCCGCCUGUCCCCGGUGUCUUCCGUCUCCAGGAGCUCCCUGUACGACGUGCCGCGGGCGAGAGACCUCUACACGGAACGGCCUCCGCCACCGCCGCCGACGCGCUACGCUUACUAAGAGCACUCGCACACAAAAAAAUAAAUCAAGGUUUAUAUUUACUGCGUCAAGAUCCUCGUUCCCUGAUGUAUGCGGCGCAAUAUCACCCCUUCGUGUUUGAGGCGGAUCGCGCUUCGCCUGCGGCUCUAACAGGAAGAACAGUAGCGCCGGCUUCCCGUCGUACUUUUAUAAGCGCUUCUUAGUCUCGUUGCCGUACUCUUCUGCAGAGAAAUAAAACUGUGACCAGUUCUGUUUUUCCUCCUUAUUGAAUAUCCCGCUGCAGUCUGAGGCUCUCCAGAGACAGCCAGUGUGUGUCUUUGCUGGAAUAUUGUGGUCUCUGUAGACACUCCAAUACAGGGAUGCAGAGCUUCAACCUGGGUUUAAAAUUUAGGGAGCUCUUGCGAUCUUUUUAAAUUGCCUAAUGUGUCGUAAUGGCUUUUCAAAAUGAGUGGAGAAAUUAAACUGAACCGAAGACUGGCCGCCACCUGCAGUCGCUAAAUUGUUUUGUUUCCAUGUUAUAUAUUAAUGAACAAGUUUAUUUUUUUGCGUUGAUUGCCACUAAUUGCGUUUUGCUGGCGGGGUGUGGGGGGAGCUUACUGAGAAUGAAAUAUGCUGUGAGUUUGAAAUCAAAAUAGACUUAGUUGUUUUGUUUAAUUGCGAAUUUAUACAGCGCCGUAGUAUUGCAAAGGGGGGAGAAGGGUCUUCUGUCAGAGUCCUUUUCUGGACUUUCUUUUUUUUUUUUUUUUUUUAAGUUUGAACAGACGAUGAUCGUUCUUUUUAAUUCUGUUUAGUCUUGGUGAGCCUUUUUUAUAUUUUCCAUUCUUUUGCGCAAUAAACCAAACUUCUGAA